AUGUCCGACACGGAAAAGAUCGGGACAGGCGUGCCCGAGAAGGACGUCUAUGUCGGCGAGACCAACGAGUACCUUCUGCAGCUGGAGAGCAUGCCUGCCGAGGAGCGAGCGGCGCUCGAGAAGACCAUGCUGCGCAAGAUUGACAUUCGCCUCCUCCCGUGGAUGACCCUCCUCUACCUCCUGUCGUUCUUGGACCGUAUUAACAUCGGUGCGGCCAAGCUCAACACGAUCGAGAAGGACCUCAACCUCACGGGCAACAUGUACAAUGUUGCGUCGCUCGUUUUCUUUGUUUCGUAUGUGGUCUUUGAGAUCCCCUCCAACCUCGUGCUCAAGAAGCUGCGCCCGUCGAUCUACAUCCCAGCCACCAUGGUCGUGUGGGCUCUCUUCCAGAUCUUCAUGGGCCUUGUCACCAACUACGGGCAGCUCGUUGCCCUCCGCUUCUGCCUCGGCAUGGCCGAGGCUGGUCUCUUCCCAGGCCUCAACUUUUACCUCACCGGCUGGUACCGCCGUGGUGAGCUCAACAAGCGUGUCUCGUUCUUCUUCGCCGGUGCUGUGCUCGCUGGUGCGUUCGGCGGCGCCCUCGGCUAUGGCUUUACCAAGAUGGACGGCAUCGGUGGCAAGGCUGGCUGGUCUUGGAUCUUCAUCAUGGAGGGCCUUCUCACCUUUGUCGCUGGUGUUGCAUCGUUCUGGAUGAUCCACGACUGGCCUGACCGCGCUCGCUUCCUCACUCCCCUCGAGCGCGAGUUUGUCCUCCUCCGUCUGCGCCAGGACACUGGCCUCGGUACGUCGGGCAACUUUUCGUGGAGCGUCGCCUUCUCUGCCCUCAAGGACUGGAAGACGCUCUGCUUCUCGCUCGCCUACGUUGGUGCGGCGCAGUGCAUCUACUCGCAGUCGCUGUUCGCGCCCUCGAUCGUGGCUGUUCUCGGAAAGUGGUCUCGCGCCCAGUCGCUCCUCAUGUCCGUGCCGCCCUACGUCCUCGCCUUCAUCACGACCAUGGUCACGGCUUACCUCUCCGACAAGUGGAUGAAGCGUGGCAUCUUUAACAUGUUCUGGUCGUCGCUCGCAUGUAUCGGCUACAUCAUCCUCCUCACCACGACGCCCAACACCAACGCAAAGAUCGGCGCGCAGUACUUUGCCGUCUUCCUCACCACCAUGAGCAUUGCGCCCCUCAUCUCGACCACCAUCUCAUGGUCUGGCGGCUCGUUCGGUAGCCACUACCGCAAGGCUGUUGCGAUGGGCAUGAUCUUCUCCGUUGGUAAUUCGGGAGGUAUCUGGGCGUCGCUCGUUUAUCGCAACCAGGACGCCAAGAAGCAGCCACCCUACCAGCCAGGCCACGGCACGGCCCUCGCGUUUGCGGCCAUGAACGGCAUCAUGUCGGCCAUCAUCUGGUUCGGCCUGCGCCGUGCCAACAGGCAGCGCGAGGAGAAGUAUGGACCCGCUCCUGAUGGGGCCGAGAACCACGAUAUCGAUGACCCAGAGUACCGCAAGCGCUGGGGCCUCGAGGACAUGAGCCGCGAAGAUAUUCUUGACCUCGGCGACCGUCACCCGGCGUUCCGCUUCAUUCUUUAA